CAGCUUUGGAAUUGCUUAUAGAAGACGUGCACUUGUUGAACUGAGAACUGAAUCGGAGCAAUUGAACGUCUCACUGGUACCAAAAUGCUGUUUGUACUGACUCUCCUUGUAUUGUUUGGCAUGUCAUAUGCCGAAUAUUAUACCUCCCAACAAUGUACCUGUUACGAGUACCAAGUCUAUUGUAAAAAUCCUGAUACCAACGAAGGUAUGACUUGGAGUGAUGCAAAUAAUUAUUGCCAGGGACUUCCUGGUGGAGUUGGACUUGCUACCAUGGACAAAGAAGCUACUUUUAUUGGCGUAAAACAGUCUAUCCCUACUGAGUGGAAAGGCGAUACGUGCAACUGGGGUUUCUGGAUUGGAUUCAAAGAUAUGAGAGAACUACCGCAUGAUCCAAGGCACAAAACACAUCCAGAAUUCUUUUCAUGGCACUUUGAAAUGUGUUCUUAUUUCGAGAAGUGGGCAGAAGCCCAGCCUAAUGAUAACGACACUCAAGACCCGAACGGACAAAACUGCGUUCAGAUGUGCUUUGGUAGUGUUCAUAGAAGACUUGUACUUGUUGAACUGGGAACUGAAUCAAAGCCAUUGAACGUCUCACUGGUACAAAAUGCUGUUUGUACUGACUCUCCUUGUAUUUUUGGCAUGUCAUAUGCCGAAUACUACACCUCCCAACAAUGUACCUGUUACGAGUACCAAGUCUAUUGUAAAAAUCCCGAUACCAACCAAGGUAUGACUUGGAGUGAUGCAAAUAAUUAUUGCCAGGGACUUCCUGGUGGAGUUGGACUUGCUACCAUGGACACAGAAGCUACUUUUAUUGGCGUAAAACAGUCUAUCCCUACUGAGUGGAAAGGCGAAACGUGCAACUGGGGUUUCUGGAUUGGAUUCAAAGAUAUGAGAGAACUACCGCAUGAUCCAAGGCACAAAACACAUCCAGAAUUCUUUUCAUGGCACUUUGAAAUGUGUUCUUAUUUCGAGAAGUGGGCAGAAGCCCAGCCUAAUGAUAACGACACUCAAGACCCGGUAGGACAAAACUGCGUUCAGAUGUGGUACAGACCACAGAUGAGGGGUUCCUAUGAUGAUGAGUACUGUACCGAAAAGAAGGGAUUUGUCUGCCAAUUAGCUAUUGAUAGCACCAAACACCAAGAAUGUACCUGUUACGAGUACCGAGUCUAUUGUAAAAAUCCUGAUACUAACCAAGGUAUGUCUUGGAAAGAUGCAAAUGAGUAUUGCUUGGGACUCCCCGGUGGUGUUGGUCUCGCUGUCAUGAACACGGAAGACACUUAUAUAGGCGUAAAGCAAGCUGUCCCCACUGAGUGGAAGGGCCAACCAUGCAACUGGGGUUUCUGGAUUGGAUUCAAAGAUAUGAGGGAUUCACCGGAUCAUCCAAGUCACAAAACACACCCGGAGUAUUUUACCUGGACACGGGAAGUGUGUUCUUAUUUUGAGAAAUGGGCAGAGGAACAGCCUAAUGAUAACCAUAGUGACGAUCCAAACGGACAAAACUGUGUUCAGAUGUGGUAUAGACCACAGAUGAGAGGUGCUUACGAUGAUGAGUACUGUUCAGAUAAGAAGGGUUUCAUCUGCCAAAUAGAUAUAGGAGAGGUGAUCCGACAGAAAGUGUUAUUCGAAGUUGAGCGCAGUUCAUCUGUCUCAAACUUACUUGACGAAACAACAGAUGUUGCCGUCCUGAAACAGAUGAUAAUUUACGGUAAAUAUUUAUCAAACACUAGUGAAUCGAAAAUAAAAUUUCUUGGCACUGCAGAUCAUUAUGUGUUUGUUUCCCCGGCUGCUGAUGAAGUGGAGUAUUUAAUGCCAUGCUGGAUACAAUAUUUAGAUUUUAUAGAGAAUUCACCUGUAAGAAUGAGUGUCCUCACGGAAAUACAAAACACUAUGGGAAAUGCGCCCUCGAAGCUAAAACUAGCAAAGGCAGUGCGUUGGCUUACUCGUGAAGCAGCAUGUGACACUAUACAAAACAUAUAUCCCUGUUUAGUGACGAGUUUACAAUUCUCAUUCGAGCAGUAUGGUAAAAUUGUAGAUGAAGAUUCAUAUUCUGAACGUGCUCUCAGUUAUCUGGCAAGAGUAAAAACAAGACUGAGAAAAGGGGUAAAAUUCUCUACUCAUGUCCCGAGCCACAGAACUUUAACCUCACCAAUGCAGCCACUGUUUGGAGCAGUAUUCACAAUCGUAAUAUAG